AAGGAGGGCCACAUGACAUGACAUCAUGUGACUCUGUUUCACAUAGUCAGAGAAAAGAAAAAAGAUGACGCCGGAGAGCUUGUUAGCGUCGGCGUCGAUCAACAUAGGUCUCGCCGUCGUUGCACUCUGGCUCUUCUCCGUGCUCAAGAAGCAGCCGCGUAACGCCGUCGUAUACUACGCUCGCCGCCUCUCCGAUCGCCACCACCACCGUCCUCUGUCUCUACACUCUUCCCUUUGUCUCCCUCGAUUCCUCCCUUCCGUUGCGUGGAUCCCACGCGCCUUCCGUGUCCCCGAGGACGAGAUCCUCAGCCGCCACGGCCUUGAUGCCCUCGUCCUCAUCAGGCUCUUCAAAUUCGGAAUUAGAUUCUUCUUGUUGUGCUCGUUACUUGGAGCAUCACUGCUUCUUCCGGUUGAUUAUUACAAUGAGUCAGAUUUACCAACACGAAAAGAGUAUUCGAUGGAUGCAUUCACAAUAUCAAAUAUUUCACGAGGUUCUAACAAGUUAUGGGUGCAUUUCUCAUGCUUGUGGUUCAUAUCAUUCUAUGCAUUGUUUUUGUCGCAUAAGGAAUAUAAGGAGAUUCUUGUGAUAAGGCUUCAACAAAUGAAAGAACUUAGACAUCGUGCUGACCAGUUCACUGUUCUUGUCCGCCAAGUUCCUCUCUGCCCUGAGCAUAACACUCGUGGCUGCGCCGUUGAUCACUUCUUCUCUAAGCAUCAUCGCUUUAGUUAUCAUUCACAUCAGAUGCUGUAUGACGGGAGAGAUCUUGAAUACCUUUUGGGGAAGCAGAAGAAGCUUAAGAAAGAGCUAGAAGACAAGAGACACACAGACAUGCUUUCGAAUGGAUCACAGGAACAUAAGCACAUAUCCACAUCUGAAGAAAAGCUUCGAGAAAUUACCCAUAUGAUUUACCACCUUCAAAGUGAAACUAAGCUCAGAGAGAAGGAGUUACCUGUUGCGUUUGUCACCUUCAAAUCCCGAAGAAAUGCCGCGCUGGCAGCUCAAACACAGCAGCAUUCAAAUCCUCUAGAACUGAUAACCGAAAUGGCUCCUGAACCAAGAGAUGUAUCCUGGAGAAAUCUUGCUAUUCCACAAAACUUUUUGCCUCUGAACAAGAUCGGAGUCAUCCUUGCAGCAGCACUUCUUACAAUCUUCUUUGCUAUUCCGGUCACAGCUGUCCAGGGAAUUGCAAAGUAUGAGAAGCUCAAGAAAUGGUUUCCUCCAGCCAUGGCUAUUGAAUUCAUACCAGGGCUUAGCUCAGUUGUGACAGGUUACCUCCCAAGUGCUAUACUCAAAGGUUUCAUGUACAUUAUUCCUUUCGCUAUGCUUGGACUUGCCUAUCUCGGCGGAUCUAUCUGCAAGAGUAAUGAGGAGAUAAAAGCUUGCAACAUGGUCUUCUAUUUUCUAAUGGGAAAUGUUUUCUUCUUGAGUCUUAUCUCUGGUUCCUUGCUAGAUGAAAUUGGAGAAUAUCUCACUCAUCCUAGAGACAUUCCUAGUCACCUUGCUGCCGCUGUUUCAGCCCAGGCAGAGUUUUUUAUGACAUACAUCUUGACAGAUGGGCUGUCUGGAUUUUCUUUGGAAAUUCUUCAAUUGGGACUUAUACUAUUUGAUAUCAUAAGAUCAUACACUUAUGGAAGAGGAAAAGAGAGAACUCCUUACCUCUUUUCAUUUCCAUAUUUCAGAGUAAUCCCCACAGUUUCCUUAUCGAUAAUGAUCGGUAUGAUUUAUGCUGUGGUCGCGCCAUUGAUGCUCCCUUUCCUAGUUGGUUAUUUCUGCCUUGGAUACAUUGUCUACUUCAACCAGAUGGAGGAUGUAUACGAGACUACAUAUGAUACUUGCGGUCGAUUCUGGCCAUUCAUUCAUCAUUAUAUCUUUGUCUCAAUAAUACUAAUGCAAAUCACAAUGGUGGGUCUUUUUGGACUUAAGUCAAAGCCAUCUGCAGCAAUUGCUACAGUACCUCUCAUAUUGAUCACUAUAGCUUAUAACGAGUACUGCAAGAUCCGCUUCCUCCCAUCAUUUAAACAUUUCCCUAUACAGACAGCAGUUGAAAUAGACGAAGAAGAUGAAAAGAAUGGGGAGAUGGAAACACAUUGUGUUGAUGCUGCAACAGCAUAUAACCGGCAUCAACCUUGUUUAGAGCGUGUAAGCUCAGCGGAAUCAUCAACAAACUUGAGCCAACCGUUACUUGGAACGGACUCCAUUUGAUGCUAAAGGUGAAGGAACUGGUUUGAAACUUUGUCUUCCUAGUAUUCUAAAUAGAAAAUGAUUUUGAAGCUUCUCCAUGUACGUCCUCAUGUGUUGUCACUUUAGAUUAGUGAACGCCAAAACCCUUAUAGAGAGACGAGUUAGAUUGAGAAUGUUUAUAUACGUUUUGUAAGUUGUUUACUGUUCUAAUAAUAAGUCCUCUCUAUC